AUGCGCGGCUCCGCAGAACCAUCGACCUCCUCUUACCUGAAGUCCUCCUUGAGGAAUCUCUCCAAGGAUCCGGAUGUCACACUGGACGGUGUCCUAGAGCGGGGAGGGGGUGGCUCACAGAACCUGGUUCCCUCCGGUGCGGCGUUGAACAGCAUGCGCGAGUCGAUACAAAAGCGAUGUUUGGACAUCAUUAAGCAACGAACCGAAGACUCCGACAGACUCUUGCGGGAACUACAGAAGAUACGGCGGGAUCAUCAGCGCGUUGAGCGAGAGCGUGACGAUAUUGGCGAACGCAGGCACAAACUAAAGAAGGUGAAGAAGCGAGAGCCAGAUGACGACCGACCGCUGGCAGUGGGCGCUCACGGCGUCGCUAGACAGGAUGGUGUCGAAGUUCACAAAGGAGCUGCCUCGCCAGCGGGUUCGUCGCCAAUAUCGCAACCACCCCCUUCUGCUACUGGAACCGGUGCCGCAGACGCCCCUUCACCAAGCGAGUCGGAAGCCUCCCAUCAGCCUGCUCCCGUACCUUCCGUCCCGCAGUUCCAGAUUUUCGGACCUGAUCCCUCAUCCUUCCCUGAUCCUACCAUCUACCAUAUCCGAGAGGUGACGCCUGGCAUGACGGAGGAAGAAAUCAAGGAGAUAUAUAGCGUCGCAGAAUACCCACAGUCAGAUCUGCACCAUCUCACGCCUGGCACCCCGCCCGACAGCGACUUCUCCAAUGCUAAACCUGCAUCCCAGGUUAGCGCCACGGUCUUCGCCAACUACGUCGAGCCUUAUAUACGUCCGCUGACUGAGGAGGAUACGGCCUUCCUAAAAGAAAGAGGAGAUCGAGUGACGCCUUUCAUAAUGCCCCGCCGGGGGGCGCGGCAUUAUAAAGAGAUUUGGGCCGAGGAGGAUGGUGCCAUGCAUAUUGACAGUAACAACGAUAUGCGUUUAGCACCCAACGAGCCUCGCGGUAGCUAUGACGAUAUAUCGGAAGACGUAUUGGGAACGGAACUCGUGUCGAACGGCCCGUUAAUGUCUCGCCUUCUCUCAUUGUUGCGACCAGAGGGCCGUGGGAACCCUCCUAAUGAGAGCAAUGGUGCAAACCCGGACGCCAUGGACGUAGAUGAGGGUGCCGGAGCGCCUGCGGAUACAAACAACAACAACUCGCUGACUGCAGCAACACAAAUACCGGAGUUUUUGCAGCCAGGCUGGAAGGCGCCACCACCUGCUGCUAGGACCGACUAUGCGACUCUGGAAGAACGGGCAAUGAUGGAGGUCAAGCACUACGGCCUCAUAACCGACGCCGACGAACCUCAAGCCAACUACGAUAUGCAGUUUGAUGACGAAGUAGCUGCCCGUCUGAGAUUGUUGCAGGACCAGCUGCGCAAGCAGUCUAUAGUAAACGGAGCCCGAAAACAACGACUCCUAGAGCUGAUGGCUGAGCGCAUGGCGCAGCAAGAAUACAACAUAAUCGCUGAUGAUCUGGACCAUCAGCUCAUCCAAGCCUACCUUAAGAGGAACAAGAAUAUUGGCAAAUCAAAGAAGCAAACGAAGCGUCCCGGUGGACCAGGUGGAGGGAGCCACCCGGUUCCGAGCGCCGGCGUCAGCAGGCCUGGCGUUGGUGAGUCGAUACGCGCACUCAUGGAGAGGAAGAGCCAAUGGAACAAUACAAUCGGCCCUGUCGUUGAUUACGGCAAAACGAGUCUGCCGGCGGACACGAUCUUCCCAGAAGAGAAGAUGAAAGUUCUUGAAGACCAGGAAGUGGAGAUUUGGCGUAAUGAGACGGAGGAAUAG